UACAAGCUUCGUCUGUAAGAACGUCGUCGCAUAGUUUAGCAACACCAAGAGGCCAUUUCGCCACAGCAUUCAAUCUACGUUCUUCGAUUAAGUACGACUGGCCGCACAUUGAUUGUUUAUAAGAAUUCCAGCGGACAAUGACAGCGUCGGCAGAGAGAAUAUGAAUUUUGAUGUCCAGCCGAUGAAUAUUGCCAAGAUUUAAAAAGCAUGGAUUAUUGCCUCAGAGACUGCCUCUAAAACAAGAUGGCGCUACAACCAUUUCGGGACGAGCAGUUAAACUAUUUCAAAUUCGCGUCCAUUGUACUGAAUGAGUUCCCGAAGACCUUACGUCAGACGUUCAAGUCAAUGUGGGACAACAGCUUGACACGUCUUCCCGGUCAUCAACAGUGGGAUGACUCCAUUGUGGUUAGAAACUUAUUUCUCGCUUCAGAAGGUGGCCCUGGCAAAACCAAAAUUCCCACAAACGUCUCCUAUGAAGAAUGGGAUUGUACCGCUCUGUUCCAGGCCACCAUCUACGCCAAGUCCUUUGCUUUGCCUGACGGUAGAGGUCAUCACAGGACACUUGGUGAGCUGUUCGUGAAACCUCGAAAACUGGCUCAUGGAGUGUUCCAUGCAUCGGUGACCAGCCCGAGUGGAAACAAUGCUGAAACGUGUGCACUCGCGAUUGAUCAGCUUCGACUUUUAAGAAAUUCGCUUUGUCACUCGCACACCUCUGAAAUUGUUAAAGCCACCUUUGACCAGUACAUGCAGCACGCUAAGGACGCAUUUAAAGCUCUUGGUGUCAAGACGGACCCUAUUGAUGUCAUUGGGGGUUUGUCAGAGUCAGAAUUUCCCACAAAUGAAGUUCGUAGACUAGAAGAAGAUAUGAAAGAGGAAAAUCGAGCUUAUGUCAGUUUCCUGCAUCAACAUCUGGAGAGCAUCAGCUCAGAUGUGGAAGCCUUGAAACACAAAAUGGAGGUUUUGCCAACUAAAGACGAAAUCGUCAAGAUUCUAGAACAAAUGAUCAAGGAUUUGAAACAAACACCAACAAAGAAUAUGCCAGGUAAGUGUAUGUUCAUUUUCAAAGACAAAUGCUUUAUGUUUGUGAUUAUGAAACUAUUUCCAUGUCCAGAUGGCGCUUGA